AUGUCGCAAGACCCCCGCCGAGAGGGUGAAGACGACGCCUAUGUCGAAGCAGACGAGGCCGAGGAGAUUUUCAACCGCGAUGAAGACCACCCCAUGGAAUCGGACGGGGAGGACGACCAGCCCAUGACCUACGAGGAGCAGAUCACUUUCCAAAAUGACUCGGCAGCGCAUUUCGACUCUCACAACGACUCAGUCUUCUGUGUUGCGCAGCACCCCGUACACAACAACAUCGUCAUCACCGGUGCGGGCGACGACACGGCGUACAUCUUCGACUCGACUCCAGGCGACCGACCCGUGCUCCCGCAAAGCUACGAGUCGAACCCGCAGCCCCGGGAGCGCGAAUCCCUGAAGCCUGUUGUCAAUUUGGACGGACACGCAGACACGGUGAAUGCUGUGGCUUUUACAGAGCCAGCGGGCGAGUAUGUCGUGACGGCGGGGUUGGAUGGCAAGCUGCGCGCCUGGCGGGAUACGACACCCCAGAAGACAGGUUUCGCGUGGGAAUUUGUGGCCGAGGCGCAAGAGGUCGAGGAGAUUAACUGGGUUGCCGUGUGUCCAAGUGACCAGAACACGGUAGAGAAACACAACGUCAUUGCACUCGGCGCCAACGACGGCAGCGCCUGGGUCUUCCGCAUCGACCACACCGACUCCGCGCAGCCCAUUUCUAUCAUCCACAGCUUCUUCCAGCACACCGCAUCCUGCACGGCGGGUGCUUGGACCCCCGACGGCAAUCUGCUGGCAACCGUUUCCGAGGAUGGGAGUUUCUAUGUCUAUGAUGUCUUCGGUGCCGCGGCGGCCGCGGGCAUCUCGGGAUCCCAAGGCACGAGUGCUAUCAUCGGCUUGACUGCCGAGGACCAGCGGUUUGCCGUCGAUGGCGGCUUGUAUUCUAUUACCGUGUCUCCCGGUGGUGGUAUUGCGGCAGUGGGUGGCGCCGAGGGCCACAUCAAGAUUGUUGGUCUUCCUCGGCUGGCAGCCGGUGCUUCCUCCCAAGCUGCUAGCGGUGCCUCUGCCGCAGGCACAAUUCUGGCGGCGCUCCAGGCGCAAUCAGACGGUAUCGAGACGCUGUCUUUCUCGCAACCGCCGCUCACCCUUCUUGCUGCUGGUUCUGUCGAUGGUUCGAUCGCGCUGUACGACGCAGCUCAUCGGUUUGCCGUCCGCCGGCAUAUCAAGGAAGCACACGAGGGCAAUGCCGUGGUUAAGGUGGAGUUCCUUCAGAGCCGUGUACCGACAGCUGCCCCUCGCUCCGGCCCUCUUGCCUCUGCCACUGCAGGUCAGGGUCGGUCAUGGCUGCUGACGUCUGUUGGGUUGGACGGUGUUGUGCGACGCUGGGAUGCUCGUGGUGGCACCGCCGCUGCCGCGCAGGGACUGUUGAAGGAGUGGAAAGGUCAUAUGACCGCCACGGAAAACGAGGAUGGCGAACAGGCCGGUGGUAUUAUGGGCUUUGUACAGGGACUGGAUGGCAAACGCAUUGUCACGGCCGGUGAUGAUGGGAUCUCUUUGGUCUUUGAGGAGUAA